AUGGCCAAGCGCGAAACCCACCGCGCCGACGAGCGGCGAUUCCUGGACGAGCGCGGGAGCGACGUGCCGCUGGCGCCGAACGGGCUGAACCCGGCGACGAUAAUGGAGAAGGCGGUGCGGGAGCGGAUCGUGGACAGCUACUUCUGGAAGGAGCAGUGCUUCGGCGUGAACGAGGCGGACGUGGUGGACCGGGUGGUGGAGCACGUGUCGUGCGUCGGCGGGACGUACGGCACGUCGCAGCGGCCGACGCCGUUCCUGUGCCUCGCCUUCAAGCUGCUGCAGCUGGCGCCCGACGACGCGACGCUGCGCGAGUAUCUCGGCUUCGGCGGCGAGCGCUUCAAGUACCUGCGCGCCCUCGCCUGCUUCUACGCCCGCCUCACCCGCCGCCCCGAGGACGUCUACCGCCUCCUCGAGCCCUUCCUCGAGGACCGCCGCAAGCUGCGCCGCCGCGGCCGCGCCCCCGGCGCCACCCUCACCUUCGUCGACCAGUUCGUCGACGACCUCCUCACCAAGGACCGCGUCUGCGCCACCAGCCUCUGGCAGAUGCCCAAGCGCGAGAUCCUCGAGGACCUCGACCUGCUCGAGCCGCGGACGAGCCCGCUCGGCGACAUCGAGGACUUGCUGGAGGAGGAGGAGGAGGAGAAGGAGAAGGAGAAGGGGAACGAUGGGGAUGUCGAUACGGAUAAGAGGAACGACGACGAUAAUGACGACGACGACGACGAUGAGAGGGAAGGGAGCGAUGACGAAGAGGGUCAGGUCGAGGAGGAUCGAGAGGGUAGACGGCGCCGGAGGUCGACGUCCGGAUCGAGCGCGAGACUAGACCCCAGGGCGAGAGGCCGAAGCCGCUCACGAGACGACAUGGAUGUGGACGAAAGCGAUGGGGAUAGUAGAGAUGGCAGGCGACGGUAG